AUGACGGCGUCGAAGACCGACGCGCCGACCGUGCCGACUGACCUCUCUCUCCCUCCUCCCGCGGAGUAUCCCUACGAGCUCGGGAAGUACGAAUGGAAGGUCCAGACCAGCUCGCCGGAGGCGGAGCGCUGGUUCCAGCGCGCGCUGAACUGGACCUAUGGGUUCCACCACGAAGAAGCGGUGCGGUGCUACCGGUACGCACUUCACCAUGACCCGAACUUUGCCAUGGCGUACUGGGGUGUCGCAUACGCCUCGGGACCGAACUACAAUAAGCCCUGGGAGCUGUUCGACAAGGCCGAGCUGAGGGCCACGCUGGCUCUGUGCCAUGCUGCCUCGAAGCGCGCUGUUGAACUUGCAGAGGAACCGCUAGAGAAGGAGCUGUGCGAGGCUAUUGCGGCCCGCUUCCCCUCCAGCCGCGCGGAGGAGGGCGGCGAGAAGGAGUUUGCGAGGUGGAACCAAGCGUUCGCGGACCGCAUGGGCGAGGUCUACGAGGGACAUAAGGCCGACCUGGACGUCACGACUGUGUUCGCUGACAGUCUCAUGGGCGAGCCCCGCGAGGUGUCCCAGACUCUGCGCGUGAAGGAGGCGCUCGACGCCGCGCUCAAGCGUCCCGAGGCGAUGCGUCAUCCGGGUAUCCUGCACUUCUACAUUCAUCUCAUGGAGCUGUCGCCAACGCCCGAACUCGCCCUCGUGCCCGCUGACGCGCUCCGCGGGCUCGUUCCCGACAGCGGCCACCUGACGCACAUGUCGGGGCACAUCUACGCCGUCGUGGGCGACUACCGCGCGAUGAUCAGCAGCAACUUCGAGGCCAUCGCCGCCGACGAAAAGUACAUGGCUCACGCGGGCGCAGACAGCUUCUACAUGUUCUACAUCCUGCACGACUACACGUUCCCAAUCUACGCAGCCAUGUUCAACGGGCAGUUCGGCGUGGCGAUGAAAACACUGGACCGGAUGGAGGCGUGGCUCACGGACGACUUCCUCCGGAUCGAGUCCCCGCCCAUGAUCGACUGGAUGGAGGGUUUCUGCACCUUCCGCGUGCAUGUGUUGGUGCGUUUCGGAAAGUGGGAGGACAUCCUCGCCCUCCCCUUCCCCGAGGACCGGGGGUUUUACUGCGUCACGACCGCGUUCCUCCACUACGGACGCGCACUCGCGUUCGCCCUUACCGACCGUCCCGAGGAGGCGCAGAGGGAGCAGCAAGAGUUCCGUGACGCCCGCACUCGCGUCAAGCCCACCCGCCAGGCCAUCCCGAAUACGUGGAGCGACAUCUUCGACGUCGCCGACGCCAUGCUUGCGGGCGAGAUGGCGUACCGCGCCAAGAAGUACGACGAGGCGUUCGAUCUCUUGAGGCUCAGUAUCAACCGCUGCGACAACCUCGUGUACGCUGAGCCGUGGGGAUUCAUGCAGCCGCCGCGACACGCUUAUGCUGCGCUUCAGCUCGAGCAGGGCAAUGUCGAGGAGGCCGCGCGUGCAUAUGCCGAGGACCUUGGUUUCCUCACGACUCUGCCUCGGGCUACCAGGCAUCCGAACAAUGUCUGGGCGCUCCACGGAUACCAUGAGUGCCUCACCAGGCUUGGACGACAAGCCGAGGCGGACAUGCUCAAGCCCGAGCUCACGCUCGCGCUUGCUGUUGCCGACGUCCCGAUCGAGUCAUCAUGUUACUGCCGCAAGACGGCGUGCUGCGCUAGCCAGUCAAAACUCUAA